AGAGAGAAAUAGAUAACAAACAGACAAAUGUAGGUGUUGAUUAUAGAAAACCAGGGGAGAGGCAACGUCGGAUUGAUAUACUGUGAACAAACACUCAAAGAAAAUUGUUCUAAAAGUCAGCUCUUGCGUCUUCACUUUCAAAUGACUUGCCCCAUUUCCCCAAGUUUUGUCCAAUAAUACUUAGGUUCUCAAACCAAGGAACUUUCCUUUUCUGUAUCAGAAAAAUGCCCCAACAGUGUAACACAUCACACUGUUAUUCUUUACUGUUUCUUGAUUUGAUGUAUCCGGCUCUCUUUUUCUUCGUCUAGAUUCUGUCAUCUACUGAGGCUUUGAAUUUAGUGGGAGAAGAGACAGGGAGAGCAAGAGCAUCUGGAUUUGAAAUCGGAGAAGAUCCAUUUGUGGGAAAGGUGGCUACAGGGUUUUGGGUUCACGGGUAACUGUUGCUUCACUUGCUAGGGAUGUUAAUGCGAAUAUAAUAUCUUAAAAGGUUUUCAUUGCGCGCCUUUCUUUGGGGUCGCUUACCAUAACAAUCAAAGGGUCUACUCGUGCACGCAGAAUGAUUACUGGCUCGGCUGAGUUUUUGGGAGUGCUGACCCUGAUUUGAGCUGGAAAAACUCCUGUGGUUUUAGCGAUGGCGUCGCAGCGGUUUGUUCCGAUGACUUUCCUCAAAUGGGUAUGCUUUGCGUGCUUUCUUUGUUCAUCGUUGGGUUUGAACAGCCCAGCCUCGUCCUGUGAUCCACACGAUCUGUUGGCACUGAAGGAGUUUGCAGGGAACCUCACAAACGGCUCCAUUGUUACAAGCUGGUCCAAUGAAUCCAACUGCUGCAAAUGGGAGGGUGUUGUCUGUGAGAAUGUAAAGGGAAAUCUUUCAAUUGCCAGUAGGGUGACCAAAUUGUUUCUCUCCAAAAUGGGUCUCAAAGGGACAGUUUCACACUCUAUGUUUCGUUUGGACCAGUUGAAGUGGCUUGAUCUUUCAAACAACCAUCUCGAUGGUGAAUUGCCCCCAGACCUCUCAAACUUGAAGCAGCUGGAAGUUCUUGAUUUGAGCCAUAACAUUCUUUCAGGACCAGUUUUAGUGGCGCUUUCUGGUCUUGAAUCCAUUCAGAUACUUAACAUCUCUAGCAAUUCAUUCAAUGGGCAUGUUGUCGAACUUGGCGCAUUGCCAAACCUUCUUGAGUUCAACAUUAGCAACAAUUCAUUCACCGGCCGGUUUGAUUCUCACAUUUGCAGUUCCUCCAAUGGGGUUCAGACUAUUGACUUGUCUGCGAACCAUUUGGUGGGCGGUCUUGAAGCCUUGGACAAUUGCAGCACAUCUCUGCGAAUAUUACAUUUGGAUUUCAAUUCUCUUUCAGGGCCUCUACCUGAUUCCUUGUAUACUCUGUCAGCUUUGGAGCAACUCUCGGUCUCAGCGAACACUUUUUCUGGCAAGUUAAGCAAGAAGCUAAGUAAGCUCUCUAAUCUUAAAGCUUUAGUCAUUUCUGAAAACCAAUUUUCUGGCAAACUGCCAAAUGUGUUUGGGGCCCUUACAAAGCUAGAAGUCUUAGUUGCGCACUCGAAUUGGUUUUCUGGGUCAUUGCCAGCUACCCUUGAACUCUGCUCAAAGCUUAGAGUUCUUGAUCUUCGUAACAACUCGUUCAUGGGUCCUAUUGAUCUUAAUUUCACUGGGUUGCCCAAUCUCUGCACACUUGAUCUUGCCACUAAUCGUUUUUCUGGGCCUCUUCCAAAUUCUCUAUCUAAUUGCCGUGAACUGAAGAUUUUGAGCCUUGCUAAGAAUGAAUUGACUGGCCCGAUCCCUGAAAAUUUGGCACAGCUCGGGUCACUGUUGUUUCUUUCAAUAUCAAACAACAGCUUUGGGAACCUAUCUGCAGCACUAUCUGUGCUGCAGCAUUGCAAAAAUCUCACCACUCUUAUCCUUACGAAGAACUUCCAUGGUGAAGAAAUUCCACAAAAUGUGAGUGGGUUUGAGAGCUUGAUGAUUUUAGCGCUUGGGAAUUGCGCUCUGAAAGGCCAAAUCCCAGGUUGGUUAUUGAGCUGUAGGAAGUUGCAAGUCCUGGAUUUGUCUUGGAAUUACUUGGAUGGUGUUGUCCCUUCUUGGAUUGGUCAGAUGGAGAAUUUGUUUUAUUUGGACUUCUCAAAUAAUUCUCUCACAGGUGAAAUCCCACCAAGUUUGACAGAGCUAAAGAGCCUUGUUUUUUUAAAUCGCAGUUCGUCAAAUCUUACUGCUUCUACUGGCAUUCCGCUCUAUGUAAAGCGUAACAAGAGUGCUAGUGGUCUGCAAUACAACCAGGCCAAAAGUUUCCCCCCCGCAAUAUACUUGAGCAAUAACAGAAUAAGCGGAAUGGUAUCCCCUGAAAUUGGAAGGCUAAAAGAGCUACAUGUUUUAGAUUUGAGCAGAAACAACAUAACUGGUGCCAUACCUAGCUCCAUUUCUGAGAUGAGGAACUUAGAAGCAUUGGAUUUAUCAUAUAAUAACUUUUCUGGAACUAUCCCACCGUCAUUCAGCAAGCUCACAUUCUUGUCAAAGUUUAGCGUGGCGUAUAACCACUUGCAUGGAGCAAUUCCAAGCGGGGGUCAGUUCUCUAGCUUUCCCAACUCAAGCUUUGAGGGCAACCUGGGACUUUGUGGGCAAAUAGAUUCUUGUGAUGUUGAGGGGAAUACUGGACUAGAACCUGUUAUUCCUUCUGGUUCAAACAGUAAAUUUGGUCGAAGCAACAUCUUUGGCAUAACGAUCAGUAUUGGUGUUGGAUUGGCUGUGCUACUUGCAAUGACUCUGCUUAAAAUGUCCAGGAGGGAUGUGGGGGAUCCAAUUGAUAACUUUGAUGAGGAACUCAGCAGGCCACGCAGAUUAUCUGAAGCACUUGGGUGUUCAAAGCUGGUACUCUUUCAGAAUGCAGAUUGCAAAGAUCUCACAGUUGCAGACUUGUUGAAAUCUACCAACAAUUUCAACCAAGCGAACAUAAUUGGUUGCGGUGGAUUUGGUCUGGUUUACAAAGCCAGCUUUCCUAAUGGAACAAAAGCUGCAAUCAAGAGACUUUCUGGGGAUUGCGGUCAGAUGGAACGUGAAUUCCAAGCUGAAGUGGAAGCCCUGUCAAGAGCUCAGCAUAAAAAUCUCGUUGCUCUUCAAGGUUAUUGCCGAUAUGCGAAUGACAGAUUGUUGAUUUACUCCUACAUGGAGAAUGGAAGCUUGGAUUAUUGGCUGCAUGAGAAUGUUGAUGGGGGUUCACUUCUAAAAUGGGAUGUAAGGCUCAAGAUAGCUCAAGGUGCAGCUCAUGGAUUGGCUUACUUGCACAAGGGUUGUAAGCCAAACAUAGUUCAUCGAGACAUAAAAUCUAGCAACAUCCUUUUGGAUGAAAGUUUUGAAGCUCAUUUGGCUGAUUUUGGUCUCUCAAGGCUACUGCAACCUUAUGAUACUCACGUUACUACGGAUUUGGUUGGUACCUUGGGUUAUAUCCCUCCUGAAUAUAGUCAAACUUUAACGGCAACUUUCAGGGGUGAUGUCUAUAGUUUUGGAGUAGUUAUUCUCGAGCUUCUUACUGGUAAAAGGCCUAUGGAAGUUUGCAAAGGAAAAAACUGCAGGAACUUGGUGUCUUGGGUGUUUCAGAUGAAAUAUGAGAAGAGAGAGGAGGAAAUUAUAGAUUCAGCUAUAUGGGAUAUGGAUCAUGAGAAACAGCUCUUAGAGGUGCUUGGUAUUGCCUGUAAAUGCAUAGAUCAAGAUCCAAGACAGAGGCCCUCUAUUGAGCAAGUUGUUUCGUGGCUUGAUGGUGUUGGAUUUAAAGAUGCACAGCAAUGAACUACAUUAGUUUCUCUCUUCUAAUUUUAUGUCGGGAUUCCCAGAAAAUGAAAGUAUACCUGAAAAGAAACAUUGUCUCGAGUUUCUAGAAGGUUGGAGUACUGAGUUUCAACAAGUGACUGACAGAUGAACUAUGUAUACGCAUGCUAUCUAUCUAUAUAUAUAUAUAUAUAUAUAUCUAUCUAUAUAUUUGGCCAUUUCUUUUGCUACAUAUAAGCAUUUAUAGAAUGUCUAAAUUCUGCUUUGUUCCGUUAAA